AUGAGAGUUGUUGUACUGCUCUGGCUUGAGGUGUUUCUGUUCUCUUCUGGCCUCUCCCAGACUGGGUGCUCUCAAAGCCUCAGCUCCCCAGAUGUGGUGAUCCCCUUGAAGGUUACCAACAGGGGCAGAGUUGCUCCAGGCUGGCUCUCCUACAGCCUGCAGUUUAGGGGCCGGAGACAUGUUGUCCACAUGAGGGUUAAGAAGAUUUUGGUUUCCAGACCCCUCCCAGUGUUCACCUACACGGACCAGCAUGCCCUUCACCAGGACCAGCCUUUUGUUCCUAAUGACUGCUAUUAUCACGGUUACGUGGAGGAGGUCACCGAGUCAUUUGUUGCUCUCAGUACUUGUGCUGGGGGCUUUCAAGGAAUGCUACAGAUAAAUGACCUUACUUAUGAAAUUGAGCCCAUCAGGCACUCUACUACAUUUGAACACCUAAUUUAUAAGAUAAACACUAAUGAGACAGAAUUCUCACCUAUGAGAUGUGGCUUAACAAAUAAAGCAGCAUACCAACAGUUGGAAUUUGAAGAGGCUGAGAAAUCAACUCUGAAACAAAAUUCUGCUUAUAACUGGUGGACCCAUUUAUGGUUUCUGGAGCUGGUUGUGGUGGUAGAUCACAAUUUCUUCAUUGAUUCUCAAAGUAAUUUCUCAAAGGUGCAGGAAAAUGUAUUUGUUGUUGUCAACAUAGUGGAUUCCAUUUAUCAGCAGUUGGGUACUUACGUGAUUUUGAUUGGGAUUGAGAUUUGGAAUCAUGAAAAUGUUUUCCCAAUGACAAGCAUAGAACAGGUUCUGGAGAAUUUCUCUCAGUGGAAACAAAUUAGUCUUUCUCAGCUACAGUAUGAUGCUGCACAUAUAUUUAUCAAAAAUUCACUUAUAAGCGUCCUUGGUAUAGCCUAUGUGGCAGGAGUAUGUCGUCCUCCUCUUGACUGUGGAGUUAAUAAUUUCAAAGGAGAUCCCUGGUCUCUUUUUGCCCUCACUGUAGCUCACGAGUUAGGUCAUACUCUGGGUAUGCAGCAUGAUGAAGAAUUCUGUUUGUGUGGGCAAAGUGCUUGCAUCAUGAAUGCUAUUAGAGUGCCAGCAGAGAGAUUCACAAACUGUAGUUAUGCAGAUUUUACAAAGACCACUUUAAACCAGGGAUCAUGUCUGCACAAUCCUCCAACUCCAGGGGCAGUCUUUAUGCUGAAGCGCUGUGGGAAUGGUGUGAUUGAAGGAGAAGAGAAGUGUGACUGUGGAUCUAUAAAGCAGUGUGAACAAGACCCCUGUUGUCUGUUGAACUGCACUCUGAGGCCUGGGGCUGCUUGUGCUUUUGGGCUUUGUUGCAAAGACUGCAAGUUCAUGCCAUCAGGGGAAAUCUGUAGACAACAGGUCAAUGAAUGUGACCUUCCAGAGUGGUGCAAUGGGACAUCUCAUCAGUGCCCAGAAGAUGUAUAUGUGCAGGAUGGGAUUCCCUGUAAUGAUGGUGCCUACUGCUAUCAAAAGAGAUGCAAUAACCAUGAUGAACAGUGCAGGGAGAUUUUUGGUGAAGGUGCAAAGAGUGCAUCUCAGAGUUGCUAUGAAGAAAUCAACUCCCAGGGAAACCGUUUUGGCCACUGCGGUAUAAAUGGCACAACAUACCUAAAAUGUCAUACUUCAGAUAGCUUUUGUGGGAGAGUUCAGUGUGAGAAUGUGGGAGACAUUCCCCACCUGAGAGACCACUCAGCUUUGCAGUAUAUUCACAUCAAUGGUGUUACCUGCUGGAGCAUCGACUAUCACUUAAGGAUGAAUACACCUGAUGCUGGUGAAGUGAAAGAUGGCACCAUGUGUGGUCCAGGAAAGAUAUGCAUACACAAGAAGUGUGUCAGUCUGUCUCUCCUGUCACAAGUCUGCUUGCCUGAGACCUGUAACAUGAAGGGGAUCUGCAAUAACAAACAUCACUGCCACUGUGGCUAUGGAUGGUCCCCGCCCUACUGCCUACACAGAGGCAAUGGAGGUAGUGUUGACAGUGGCCCAGUAUCUGCCAGAAGAGUUUUUUUUCCACUAGUUGUGACUCUUAGUUUGUCUGUUUUGCUUUUACCUUUAACUGCUGUAUUUAUGUACCUUCGAAAAUGUUUUGGACCCAAGAAGACUAAGACUCACUCUUCCGAUUAA